AUGGUAGGCAAAACCACACAAUCAUCGACAUCCUUCCCCGACAUCCUCGAUGUCCUCAUCAUCGGCGCCGGCCCCUGCGGCCUAGCAGUCGCCGCACGCCUCCGCGAAGAAACUCCCUCCGCCAUGUUCACCGACGACGAACACCAACGCUACCACUGGAUCAACAAGCACAGUGGUCGAAUGGCGCUGGUGCAGGCGCACCGCGGGAAACUGAAGGGCGUCAAGGCGGAGAAGUGGCAGAGAUAUGAUGAUAGCCAUUAUUCACGGAGGGGGUCUUCGUCUUCUUCUGGUUCUGGCUCUGCUCCGCCGUCGUUGUCUUCGUCUGUUACGUCUGAUGAGGGGGACAAGUGGAUGGAGAGAUGGAACAGGGCGUUCAAGACAUUAGAGAUUGAGCAGCUGAGGAGCCCGAUGUUCUUUCAUGUGGAUCCCAGGGAUCGGGAUGGGAUGUUGGCGUAUACGAGGGAGGUUAGGAGGGAGAGGGAUUUAUGGGAGAUUUCGGGGUGCGUGGGGAAGGAGUUGAGUAAGCAUAAGAAGAAGAAGAUGAGGUCGAGGGCGCAGGCCGUUGGGGAAGUGGAGAUUGAUGAAAGAGAUCGUAAAGAUUACUUCUCGCCGUCGACGGAUUUGUUUGGAGAUUACUGUGGGAGCAUUGUAUCACGGUACGGGCUGGACGCGCCGGGGAUGAUCAGGCAGUGCGAAGUAAAUGAUAUAUCAUACGACUAUCAUUCAGAAUUGUCGCCGUCUGACAAGAUCUUUACUGUUACUACGGCUGAGGGCAAUCGGUUUUAUAGUCGUGUGGUGGUGUUGGCUAUUGGGCCGGGGAGGACGAAGAUACUUCCGUUCAAGCUGUCCGGUGAGGAGGAGCAAGGUGCUUGUCAUAGCACAGAGAUUCGCAUGUUUCCAAGUAUCAAUGUGAAGGCCAAGAUUAAGCAACGUCAGGAGACGAACGUGGUGGUUGUUGGGGGCGGACUGUCGUCAGCGCAAGUGGUGGACAUGGCCAUUCGGCGAGGGGUGACCAAAGUAUGGUUUCUUUUGAGGUCGGAUUUUAAAGUCAAGCACUUCGACCUCGCAUUGAACUGGAUGGGCAAGUUCAAGAACUUCGAAAAGGCAGCAUUCUGGUCCGCAGACACGGACGAGGAACGCCUUGAGAUGAUCAAAGCGGCGCGUAAUGGCGGCAGUAUCACGCCACGGUAUCAGAAGAUUCUGAAGCAACAUGUGGCAGCCCAUCGGCUUUCUAUACACCCACGCACCGUCAUCUGCGGCAAGGAGUACUGCGCCUCCUCGCGCACAUGGCGUCUUACGACAGAUCCUCCGAUCCCUGAACUUCCUCGCAUCGAUUAUAUAUACUUUGCAACAGGCAUGCAGGCCGAUGUGAAUGAGCUCCCAUUGCUCCAACGCAUGAACCGUGAAUAUCCAAUUGAAACCAAGCAGGGAUUGCCUUGCAUCACGGAUGACUUGAUGUGGCAAUCGAACGUGCCACUUUUCUUGACAGGCCGGUUGGGAUCCCUUCGUCUGGGACCCGGUGCUGCCAAUCUUGAGGGAGCGAGGCUAGGAGCGGAGCGUAUUGCCUGGGCGAUGGAGGAUGUGUUGGGUAGAAAAGGAUCAGAGGAUACGGGGUCUGAACGAUCCAAGCAGUGCUUUUGCGGGUUAGGGAAUCGGAUCCGAGGCUUUAUGAGCGCAUAUGCAGCAAAUAGACUCGGUACUACCUCAAUAACACUGAAAUUACACAUCUUUGUUCAUGUUGAACAACUGUGCUGCCUGCUAACACAACUUACCCACCUUCAUCUCAUCUCAUCCCACCAAAUUACUGCUUUGUUGCAUCCGUGGGUGUCAUUUCCCCAUCAACCGACAGAUCAAGCUUCUAAGCCUCACUCAAUCGUCCACCUCAGCUGGCAAGAUGCAAGAUUUGCCAUCCUGAAGUCCACUCAGCAAAGGCUAGACACUCACCAGCCACACCCGCAGUGCCUGAUCAGAGCAUCCAAUCUCCGCAUCCGAGACAGGUCGGAGCACCAGCAUGAAUUAAUCGCCGCACUCAAAAAGCCUCGUCAUGCACAAAGCCUCAGCCAGUUGAAGUCAUGA